AUGUUCUCCGCCAAAGGACGAUUGUCGACUGCGAUACAAUGGAUGAGCAAGGAUUGCACUUCCAAUCAGGCAAUCGCAUUCGGAGAGCUCUCCAAGCCAGAGCACAAAAACCUGAUCACCGCCUCCGUCAAGGAAGCAAUUGAGCUAUCGCCCAAAUUCCCCGGUCCCAGCGUCGAGGAAUUGGCCGUCGAGAUCGCAACAAUCAAACUCGCCCUCAAGAUCGCCCCGCACAUCACAGGCUCCAUCCACAUCCAAACCAACCCAUACUACGCCUACUCCACCACCAAGACCUUCACAAACGCAUGGCGAAUCAUCCACCUGACGCAGCACCUCCACCCCACCUUCCCGCAAUCGCGCCUCUGCCUCAAAAUCCCCAGCACCUGGGAGGGCCUGCGCGCCUGCGCGCUCCUCGAAGCCUCCGGGGUACGCACCCUGGCCACGACCCUCUUCACGCGGACCCAGGCCGCGCUCGCCGCCGAGGUCGGAUGCACCUACGUCGCGCCCUACGUGAACCAGUUGAAGGUGCACUCUGAACCGGGGUGA